AUGGCUAUCAUCAAUCACUGCUGCUCAUGCCUACUACUUAUCUUUCUCUUGUUCAUGAUAUCCUUGUUCGGCUUAUCGAAUGCAGCCGCAACUUAUAAUGUGAUGAAAUAUGGUGCAAAAGCAGAUGGGAAAACAGACUCAACCCAAGCAUUUGUCAAGACAUGGGCAGCAGCAUGCAGCUCUGCUCAGACAGCCACCAUGUACGUCCCCAAAGGAGGGUUCUUGCUGAAAGCUGCAGUGUUCAGAGGCCCUUGCAAGAGUAAAAUUAUCGUUCAGAUAUACGGAACCCUGAUUGCCCCUACUGAUUAUUGGGCUUUGGGAAACUCCGGUCACUGGAUCUUGUUCAUUAAGGUCAAUAGACUUGCAGUUUUCGGUGGUAGACUCGACGCCAAGGGAGCUGGCUUUUGGGCUUGCAGGAAAUCCGGAAAGAGCUGCCCUGUUGGAGCUAGGUCGAUAACGUUCAAUUGGGCAAAUGACGUUGUGAUAAGUGGUUUAUCAUCCGUCAACAGUCAGUUAACUCAUCUUGUGAUCAACAGCUGCAACAAUGUGGCGGUCCAAAACGUUGAGCUGUAUGCUCCGGAUGACAGCCCCAACACUGACGGCAUUCAUGUGCAGGGCUCAACUGGGGUUACUAUCACUGGUGCAACCUUGAUGACCGGAGACGAUUGUGUAUCAAUUGGUCCUGGCACCAAAAACCUGUACAUGAGUAACAUCAGGUGCGGCCCAGGACAUGGCGUAAGCAUUGGUAGUCUAGGCAGGGCAGUGAACGAAGCUGGGGUCCAAAAUGUGACGUUGACGAAUGCAGUUUUCACCGGAUCGGACAACGGAGUACGAAUAAAGUCAUGGGCGAGGCCCAGCACUGGGUUUGUGACCAACAUUCUCUUCCAGAACAUCAUGAUGAGGAACGUUAAGAACCCCAUCAUCAUCGAUCAGAACUAUUGCCCACAUAACCAAGGUUGCCCUAACCAGGGUUCUGGUGUGAAGAUUAGUCAAGUAACAUACAAGAAUAUACAAGGGACGUCGGCAACGGCGGAGGCGGUAACAUUUGAUUGCAGCCCAAGUAAUCCGUGCAGAGGGAUUAGAUUGCAUGACAUCAAGCUUACAUACCUGAAUAAGGUAGCCACAUCUUCAUGCAAUAACAUUGGUGGAACCAGCACCGGAGUAGUCAUGCCCAGGAGUUGCAAUGUUUUAUAUGUCAAGAAAUCGGAAUGCACGCAGUUCGCAAGAACCGAGAUGUCAUACUCCCAAAGGACUUUGAAAAGGGUUAUUAGAAGCUUGAUAUUGACUUUGAAUUCUACAAAUGAUCCGGGUGCUGGGAGUUCAUAUGACAAAGACGCUGGGGUUGCUGAAGAGGCCAUGUUAAAUCUUGUAGUUGCAUAUAUGGCUUCUUUGCCUUCACAGCUCACUAGAAGGCUUUUUUAA